CCUUACUGCCGUCACUUCCUUAAGCUGUCUACAGAAAUGCCUGCUGAAAAAACUUCGAAGCAGCGGGCCACGUUUUUGUGACGGAUGUUUUGUUAGUUUUUGCUCGCCGUCUGGAUCAAGGUAACGUUCACAAACCUGGGAUUUACUUUAUUAACCGCUAACGUCUGGGAAGUAAUCAUAGGAGGGAACUGUUGCCUCGGUUACGGCGGUUGAAGCAGCUCGUGUUUGUGACCCGCCAAAAGCCGCAGAUAAGUUCAUCGAGGAAGUGACCAUUUUGUGAGUUAACUAGCUGCUUUCGAUUCAUAUUCACUCCUGCCAACGAACAUGAGUGGGUUCAACUUUGGACAAGCCCCCGGGGGUUUCUCUUUUGGAGCGCAGAAGCCCGCAGCCGCGGCCCCCGGUACCGGCUUCGGGAUGACCGCCGCCGCACCAGCAGCAGCCCCAGCCGGAGGUUUCUCUUUCGGGACUCCGGUCCAGCCCGCUGCCGCCGCCAACCCUACCAGCUCUUUCAGCUUCGGCACCCCAGCAAAAAGCACAGCGUCCGGCGGGGGCUUCUCCUUUGGGACCCCUACCGCCUCAUUUGGAAUGGCUCCUCAGAGCGCAGCAGCAGCCCCAGCCCCAGCAGCGGGGCUGACUCUGGGCUCAGCAGCGGCUCCAGCUGCGGGCUCAGGGUUCACCCUGGGUACCGGUUUGUCUGCACAGACCAUGGCAGCUGCACCUGCAGGAGGGGGAUUCAGCUUUGGGACUCCUCAAGUUCAACCUCAAGCUCAACCCCAACCUGCAGCUCAACCCCAGACCAUGGCACCAACAACAGCCGCAGCAGGACCAGCUACUACAGCACCAGGAGGUGGCCUCUCAUUUGGAGGGUUCAGCUUUGGAGCAACUAAGGUCCAGGCGACCACAGCCGCAGCCCCCGCUCCAACCUCUAUGGCUGCUCCAGGAGGAGGCUUCAGCUUUGGCAACAGUGCUCCAGCCACCUUGGGCAUCCAGCCCCAGCCAGCCUCCACCGCUGCAGCCACAACAGGGUUUGCCUUUGGGAUUAAACCCUCAUCAACUCCAGCUCCUCCUGCAGCCACACAGGCAGCCUCGGCUCCAGGCCCGUCUCUCUUUGCUGCACCCAUCUCUUCAGCUGCUCCUGUUUCUGCUGCUGCUGCAACCAUUGCCCCUGCCCCUGCAACAGGUACAGGCUUUACUUUGGGUGUAGCUCCAACGUUAGCAGCAAGCACUGCCGCAGCAACAACCACAGCAGCUGGUGGAGGUCUGGCUUUUAUGCUUAAACCUCUGGGAGCAGCUACCGCCACCUCCGUCUCUGCCUCUGUCCCGGCCUCUACUGCUGCUGCCGCCGCAGCCGCCGCCGCUGCUGCUGCUGCAACUGCAGCUUCCACAACAGGAGCUGUGACGGGCUUUGCACUGGGGCUCAAACCUUCAUCCGGCCUAAGUAUCACAACAACUGCUGCACCCACAACACUCACUACAACCGCCGCUCCUCCAGUGAUGACCUACGCCCAGUUAGAGGGUCUCAUUAACAAGUGGAGUCUUGAGCUUGAGGACCAAGAGAGACAUUUCUUACAGCAGGCGACUCAGGUGAACGCCUGGGACCGCAUGCUGGUGGAGAAUGGAGAGAAGAUCACAGCCCUGCAUAAGGAGAUGGAGAAGGUGAAGCUGGACCAGAGGAGGCUAAACCAGGAGCUGGAUUUCAUCCUGUCCCAACAGAAGGAGCUGGAGGACUUACUCUGCCCACUCGAGGAGUCUGUGAAGGAGCAAAGUGGAACCAUCUACAUGCAGAAUGCCGACGAAGAACGUGAAAGAACGUACAAGCUUGCAGAGAACGUGGACGCACAGCUGAAGAGGAUGUCGCAGGACCUGAAGGAGAUCAUCGAGCACCUGAACACGUCCAGUGGCCCAGCAGACACCAGUGACCCACUUCAGCAGAUCUGCAAAAUCCUCAACACCCACAUGGAUUCACUACAGUGGAUCGAUCAGAACUCUGUUCUCCUGCAGAGAAGAGUGGAGGAGGUGUCCAAAUUGUGCGACAACCAGCGCAAGGAGCAGGAGAAAACCUUUCGUUUAACGUUUGACUGAUCUGGAAUAAAUACGCUAACAUAAUUAUGUUUUUCAGUCGUCCUAAAGAGGGGUGUCUUUUUAGGGGUUGAGAUUAUUUGAAAGCAAAACCAAAAUAUUAAUCACAAUUCCUGUUAACCUGCUUUUUCCUCUUGGUCUCUUUUGGUUGGAUAAAGAUUGAUAUUUUCAAGGCAACAGCUUUUUAUAUAGAGUAGUAAAAUCAAUGAUCUGUUCCCAUGUAUAUGCUAUGGUUGUUCUAAAAAAUAUGAUUAAAUAAAUCUCUGGAUUAAA